GGGAAUGUAAUAACCAAGAGGACUCUGAUUGAGGGAGACCAAGCCGUCAGGAAUCCGAACGUGGUCGAUCGAGAGAAUGGGAAUGGAGGGACAUCCGGGUGAUGCCGACUAUCAGAGACGACUGCCACCACUUUGCUAUGGUUGCAAAGUUCCAAGACAUUACAGGAGCGAUUGUUGGAGAUUUUGGAGUAAUGUUGAUUCGAGACGUAAAGCUGGACGUGACGGGUUUACCUGUCCUCCAGACUUUGACAGGGGAAGAUCAGGUUUUCCUGCGCAAAGCCAUGGAGUACCAUUCCGAAGAUCUCCCUUGUUGGAUUCUAAGACGAUGUCUAAGAUUGCAGAACUGGGGGACGUCGUGAUUCCACUGAAGGAAUUUCUGGACCUGGAGAAAUCGAGGAAACUGGAGAAGGAACGUAAAUGCGAAGAACGGGAAGAAGCACGGCGUGAAAGAGAAGAGGCGAGGAAACGAGAGGAGCGUAUACGAGAGGCUAAGGCAAGACGGGCUAAGAAGUUGGAGAAAACGAAGCGGCGCGAAGAAGAAUAACUUGCGAUGACUAAGGCGUUGGAGGUACAAAUGGCGAUCAGGCUGAGCCAUACACAUAAUGACAUCAAGAAUGAGGUCCGGAAAGUAAUUGAGAC